AUGGACCAACUGGGGAGAUUCACUCAAUUGGAUGCUAAAGGAAAAUUGGAAAAGAUACGAUUGUACUUAAUAAAGAAACUGCAGCCGUGUUUGGAAGACAGGAGGAGGUAUCACCAGGAGUUCGCCUCAUCCACUUCAUUUCAUGGAGUGCAAAACAUUGUCCGAAGGCGGAGCAGGACACACAGAGGGCUGUGGCUCUUAGUGGUCACAGGCUGUCUUGGCAUUGUCAUUUGGCAAAUCUGCAGUCGCUUUAUAUAUUACUUCAGCUGGCCAACCACAACCACGGUGGUAGUUCAGUAUGUGGAAAACGUCAAAUUCCCUGCUGUGACUUUUUGCAACUUGAACAGGUUUCAAGCUCAUGCAGUGAGCAACCUCCAAGUCAUUUUUCUCCUUUGGAACAUCGUUUCUGGAGUUGUCCAGAAAUUUGCUAUGGAAGACAAAUAUUCUCAAGAGAUAAAUGAUUUUCUUCUUGGAAACCAGAACUUCAGCAUUAAAGAGUUUACAAGGAAAAAUGGGUUUUAUUUAAACCACAGCACAUUGCUAGAAUGUGAAUUCUUUGGAAAGACAUGUCACCCAGAGGAUUUUGAACAUAUUUUCACUGAAUAUGGAAACUGCUUUACUUUUAAUUACAAUGGUCUUCCAGCAAGAAGUGUGAGUUUGUCUGGAAGAGGCUUACGUUUACUUUUUGAUGUCCAACAGGAGCAAUUCACUGAUGAUCCCGCCCUUGGUUAUACUGAUGCUGGCAUCACUUUUGUUAUCCAUUCACCCAAAGAGGUUCCACGCUUUGAUGGUUUAGGUUUAUUAACACCAGUCGGCAUGCAUGCACAGGUCGCAAUCCGCCAGCUGAAGUCAAUUAUCCAAGAAUACCCAUGGGGAGAGUGCAAGCCUGAUAUAAAGCUUCAGUACCAGAAUAUUUAUAGUACUAAUGGCUGUUUGCAGGAAUGCAAGGCCCGGUACAUACAGGACUGGUGUGGCUUUUUGCCUUUCAUUCUCCCAGGCAAUGGAACCGAAUGUGAUUUGCUGAAGUUUUACAAUUGCGUUUACCCUGCAGUCUAUGAUAUAGAGAUAAAAGGAUUGUGCACAGUAGGAACUCACAAUUCCACUUGUCCUGCCCCUUGUGAAGAAAUGGAAUAUCCUACCACUGUCACCUAUUCAAGUUUUGGAGGAGAAAAAGCCAUAAAAUACAUUUCUGCAAAGCUGAAGAAAAGCCCAGAAUACAUCAGGCAGAACCUUGUGCUUAUUGACAUUAAGUACCAUGAUCUGAGCUACAAAAUAACUCAGCAGCAGAAGGCCUUGUCUGUAUCUGAGUUGCUUGCUGAUGUAGGUGGCCAGCUUGGAUUGUUUUGUGGUGCCAGUAUGAUUACACUCAUAGAACUGCUUGAGUAUAUUUUUACUAAUUUCUGUUGGGUGUGCAUCUUUCUUCUACUGAAAGCUCCUGAAAUGCCUCAAUGGAAUAAUCCAUCCCAGAACCAACCAACACACAAGGAGAAAAAUACAGGAAUACAAGAAUGUUAG